CAUUUCCAUCCAUUCGGUUUCAUUCAAUUCAAUUGAAGCAACAAGCUUUAACGCGCCGCCUAUCCCUGCUCAAAUACUCACUUACACACUCCUCCAGACGCCAUCAUGUCGGACAACGUCGACAAGGAGACCACUCCUGAGAUCGACUCCCCUAUCACAAAGGUCGAGAUCACACCAACCAAGAUUGAGAUCGAAAAGGCGCCCGAGGUUCCCGCCAUCCCUCAGAACGACAAUGUCGCCCACGCUCUUGCUGGCGCUGGAGGUGGUCUCUUGUCCAUGAUCCUGACCUACCCUCUCAUCACCCUCUCUACACGCGCCCAGGUCGAGUCCAAGAAGGCCGAGAGCAAGUUCAGCGAGGCUGUUGGCAACAUCAUCGCCCGUGAGGGUAUCUCUGGUCUGUACUCCGGCAUUAACUCGGCCCUCUUCGGUAUCAGCAUUACCAACUUUGUUUACUACUACUGGUACGAAUGGACCCGCGGUUUCUUCGAGAAGGCCGCUGCCAAGGCUGGUCGCGCUGGAUCCAAGCUCACUACCGUUGAGUCGAUGAUCGCCGGUGCCAUUGCUGGCUCCGCUACCGUUAUCAUCACCAACCCUAUUUGGGUUGUCAACACCCGAGUCACCACCCGCCAGCAGGAGAAGAAGAAGGAUGUCGAGGCCGGCGAGUCUUCCCAGCCUGCCAAGGCUCCCAGCACCAUCGGCACUCUGCUGCUACUCCUCAAGAACGAGGGUCCUCAGGCUCUCUUCGCCGGUGUCAUCCCGGCUCUUGUGCUCGUCAUCAACCCCAUUCUUCAGUACACUCUGUUUGAGCAGCUGAAGAACACAGUUGAGAAGCGUCGCAAGGUGACUCCCGCUGUCGCCUUCUUCCUCGGCGCCCUGGGCAAGUUGUUCGCUACUGCGAUCACCUACCCCUACAUUACCGUCAAGUCUCAGAUGCACGUUCAAAGCGGCCAGAAGGAGGGCUCUCUUGCGGCUCUUUCUCGCAUCGUGCGUGAGAGUGGUUACUCUGGUCUCUACCGAGGUAUCGGUCCCAAGAUCACUCAGAGCGUACUCACUGCUGCUCUUCUCUUCGCCUUCAAGGACGUCCUUUAUGAGCAGACCGUGCGCCUUAGAAUGGCUCAGGCCGCUCGCCGCCGCGUCGCUUAAGCUACCUUAAUGUUAGUUUAAGUGCUGGUCACACAGGACCCAUCGUGAUAUCAAAGUAUUGAAGAUACCCAAUCAUUCUCAGUAUGCGCUUCAAUAUCAAAAAGCAUACAAUGAGAAUGCAUUUGGUUAUCAUUUCGGAAACUGCUAUUGUGUAAAUGGCGUUGUAUUUGGCUUAUAGCUUGCGGUCUGCUUGGGUUGAGAGGCAGGCCUGCCUGCUGCAGGAUGGCUGGUUAAGGAGGUAACUCUCAUUUGGAUACCCAAAUGUACGUUUGUAGUUUGAACAUAUCCUCAAUUUAUUCCCUUGUUUUUUUG